GACGUCACCGUCUGUGUUCAGAGGCUUUGUUUGCCCGGACGGAGCCGCCGCUGAGAAGACCUGUAGAGAAGAGCGCCGAACCGAUUUGCAGCGUCUGACUUAACCGGGCUGGACCUGACACCACGGCGACAAAGAUGCCGUCCGACAGGCCUUUCAAGCAGCGGAGGACUUUCGCUGACCGGUGCAAAGAGGUGCAGCAGAUCCGGGAGCAGCACCCAAACAAGAUCCCUGUGAUCAUUGAACGGUAUAAGGGGGAGAAACAGCUGCCCAUUCUGGACAAGACCAAGUUCCUGGUACCUGACCAUGUCAACAUGAGUGAGCUGGUAAAAAUAAUCAGGCGUCGGCUCCAGCUGAACCCCACUCAGGCCGCCUUCUUGCUGGUCAACCAGCACAGCAUGGUGUCCGUGUCCACCCCCAUCUCUGAGAUCUACGAGCAGGAGAGGGACGAGGACGGCUUCCUUUACAUGGUCUACGCCUCCCAGGAGACCUUUGGAUGCUAAGGAGGAAGGGAGGGGGUGGGGCAGUGGCAAAUCCUCCCGUGUUGGGUGGACAGAUUUUUGUUGGGGUGUGCAGUUCAAAUGCCCCAGGCAAACACUCACCUCUUAGCUGUGUUUUAUUACAGGCCUAUUGAGAAUCCGAAGUUAUCAGAAAAACUCGCUCCAGACCUCAGAGGACAGGUGCGUCCGUCUGCUGUCCCACAGUCCCACUUCAGUUUCCUCCUGUUCUUUCCCACGGAUUUGAGUUCUUAUUUUGAAAAGCUGAUGCAAACCUUGGCUGAAGGUGCAGGUUUUAUUCUGAAAUGGGGCACAGAUUACAUCAGAAAGCUAGAGGAUGAGUAAAGUCACGUUGUAGUUUUGCUAGUUCUUUAGUUGUGGCACAGAAGGAGCUCCAACUCCAUGUCAUUUGUCAGGUUGGCCUUCACCUGUGAGCCCCCUCCAGACAGACUUACCAACCAGGUUAAAGAGCUGCACUAACCUGCUGAUUACCAUAAUGCUCAGCUUUGCUCCCAGCAGCCCGUCAGGAGUUUUUGUUUGACCGCUUCCACAGCUGCUGGACGUCUCAGAAGGAAAUGUCUCACAGCGCCUAUGAGGAUGUGCAGGAAAGCAGGCACCAUGCCUGGAACGCAUCCCGCUUGUUCCGUUAGCAGGAUCCCAUCCAUACCGCCUGGACUUUUGCGGUCUGGCGUCUUCAGAGCGGCAGCAGAAGCAAAGGUCCAGCCUCCUCUGGGGCUCAUGGCAGCAGAGUUGAGCUCAAGAAACGGGAUGUAAUGCCGAAACGAAGCUUCUUUUGCACACGAAUUAAAACAAAUAUGAAGAGUUUGUGGAGAUUAUUCUUUAUUGACUGUAUUAACGUUUCCUUUUUUUUAAAUUAAAUCUUGUCUUUUUAAAACAUUGAAAAUGUCCUGCACUCCAAUCCUCCCGUUUUCUCCAUCAGUUUUGCCUUGUAUUUAUACUAUUUCAUGUAGAAGUCUUGAUGUUCUCCCAAACCAAAAACAGCAUGGAGUGAGGAGACGACGAUCCUACAGUCCCGCUGAGCAUCUGUCAGCUUUCCUCUUCAGACUGGUGUACACAGAGGCAUCGCUGCCACCUAAUUUAAAGCCAAUAAAUAAUAAAAAAGGUU